UCGAACUUCGAGCUGAGGAGUAGAUGAUCUUCAAUUUUCCGGGUUUCAUUCGGCCGUUAAAUUUGAUGGACUUGUAUCGUUUUUGUCUUGGGUUUUCUCUGGUAUAUGGGUUCUGGAGGGCUGUCCUUUGCGAUCAAGAAGGUUUCUUGAGUUUAUACUGUGGGGAAGGUAGGAGUUUUGUGGAUUCCAGUAACAUUUCAUGGGUUCCAGACGAUACUUAUGUGAAUACAGGCAACAUCACAACAGUGAACUUCAUUGAAGGUUCUUCAUCAUCUCAAGUCCCAGUGCGGUACUUCCCAGAUGCCCAAGAGAGACGCAAUUGUUACAAACUGCCAGUAAAGAAUAUGUCUUCCAUGAUUCUUGUUAGGCCUCGGUUUUACUACAAGAACUAUGAUGGACUAGGGAAGCCUCCAGCCUUUUUUGUUUCUCUUGGGACAGCCAUCACUGCUCCCAUAAAUCUUACCACCUCUGAUCCUCGGGUUGAAGAAUUCAUAUGGCCAGUUUCUAAAGAAACUCUCUCAUUCUGUUUAGUUUCAAAACCUGAUGGGGGAGUUCCAGUAAUUUCUUACCUUGAAGUCCGCUCACUCCCUUUGGGAGCUUACACCAGUGGCAUGGAGGACUUCCCAAUUACAUCACUAAGAAAGUGCUAUAGAAUCAAUUGUGGUUACAGUAAUGGAUCAAUAAGGUACCCUGUUGAUUUGUAUGAUCGUAUAUGGGAUGCUGAUCAGAGUUUCUCUCCUCUUCGUUUUUCAUCUGAGUUCAAUAUUCAGCUUCCUUUAAAUCUAUCAGGAAUUAAGGAGAGCCUGCCUCUUGCUGUUCUCCAGUCAGCAAGGGUUCUAACACGAAAGAACGUUUUGGCUUACAACCUUCCUCUUGAUAACCUAGGAGAUUAUUAUAUUUCCCUGUAUUUUGGUGGGAUUCUGCCUGUGUCACCCUCAUUUGAUGUAUUAAUUAAUGGGGAUGUUGUGAGAUUGAACUAUACUGUGAAGAGUUCGGUAGCAAGUGUUCUCUUCUUUUCACAGAAGGGCAUCCGAAGCUUGAACAUAACGUUUCAAAAUAUCAGUUUCUAUCCACAAGUGAAUGCAAUCGAGGUGUAUGAGGUUGUUGAUAUUCCCUUGGAGGCUUCUUCAACUACAGUUUCAGCCCUCCAGGUUAUCCAAGAGUCUACUGGUUUAGAUCUAGGAUGGGAAGAUGAUCCAUGCUCUCCAACAGAAUGGAAACACAUUGGAUGUGAAGCAAGCAUGGUUACAUCAUUGGAGCUUUCAGAUAUUGACUUGAGGGCAAUCAGCCCAACAUUUGAUGACCUACUGGAUCUCAAGACAUUGGAUUUGCACAACACAUCACUUGCUGGACAGAUACAGAAUCUGGUCAGCCUACAACAACUUGAGAAAUUGAACUUGAGUUUCAAUAAGCUGACAUCCUUUGGGUCUGAUUUUGACACCUUGGUUAACCUUCAGAUUUUGGACUUGCAAAACAACAGCUUAGAAGGAACUGUCCCAGUGAGCUUGGGAAAUUUGAACAAUCUUCACCUACUAAAUCUAGAAAACAACAAACUUCUAGGCCCCCUACCACAGUCUUUAAACAGAAAAAGUUUGGAAGUUAGAACAUCGGGCAAUUUGUGUCUUUCCUUCUCCUCAUCAACAUGCAAUGGUUUUACAGGAAAUACUACAAAUGAUGCCCCACAGGUUACAAUAAUCAACCCGAAGAAGCAUAGUGGCCGUAAUCAAAGGGCAAUUAUAAUUGGUGCAAUUGGAGGUGCCUUAUGUGCUGUUCUCGUUAUUGCAUUUUCAGUAUUCAUGUACAGAAGGAGGAGAAAUGAAACUGAAGUCACUACUACACCAAGGAAAGCAACUGAGAUGCGUAACUGGAAUGCAACGAGGGUCUUGUCUUACAAAGAGGUCAAAGCAGCUACAAACAACUUCAAGAAGGCUAUUGGUCAUGGGAGUUUUGGUUCUGUUUAUUGUGGAAAACUUCCAGAGGGAAAAUUAGUUGCUGUGAAAGUGCGGUUUGACCAAACUCAACUUGGGGCUGAUUCCUUUAUCAAUGAGGUGCAUCUUUUGUCACUAGUUCGCCAUCAAAAUCUUGUAUCCUUGGAAGGAUUUUGUUAUGAAUCAAAGAAGCAAAUUUUAGUCUACGAGUAUUUAGCUGGUGGAUCAUUGGCCGAAGCUCUAUAUGGUCCAAACAGCAAAAAGGUAAUGUUAAGCUGGGUGCACAGGCUGAAAAUUGCUCUUGAUACUGCAAAAGGAUUGGAUUAUUUGCACAAUGGAAGCAAUCCACGAAUCAUACACCGUGAUGUGAAGUGCAGCAACAUUCUUUUGGAUUCGGAGAUGAAUGCCAAGGUCUCCGAUUUUGGUCUCUCUAAGCAAGUACCUCGGGCUGAUGCAACUCAUAUCACCACUGUUGUCAAGGGAACCGCUGGCUAUCUUGACCCUGAGUAUUAUUGCACCCUGCAAUUAACUGAGAAAAGUGACGUCUACAGCUUUGGCGUUGUACUUUUGGAGCUUAUUUGUGGUCGUGAACCUUUGAGUCAUGCUGGCACUCCAGAUUCAUAUAAUUUGGUUUUAUGGGCAAAGCCAUAUUUGCAAGCAGGUGCCUAUGAGAUCGUGGAUGAAUGCUUGAAGGGAACUUUUGCUCUAGAGAGCAUGGAAAAGGUAGCUUCUGUAGCUUCAAGGUCUGUGGAGAGAGAUGCAUCAAAAAGGCCAACAAUGGCUGAGGUGUUGGCAGAACUAAAAGAAGCCUACAGUAUUCAGCUCUCACACCUUGCAUCUAGGGAACAUAUAAAUUGAUUUCUAGUCUCACUUUAUUUAGGGAUUCAGAUAUAUGUCCUAAACUUUAUAUGUUACUUUAUUUAGGGAGAAUGAAGAAAUAGAAGGCCUGUUUCUAGCAUAAAUAGGCAGAGUUUCCUCAGGAAGUGAUGUAAACACAAAAAUGUAGAUCAAAAUUAUUAUUAUUUUUUUCAAUAUUUCCUCUUUAAGUUCAUGUA